CUAGUGGUAACUAUCUGAGCCAAACUGUGCGGUGUGCUGCUCACACACACACACCACACAUGAACAGACCUGUUGCAUUCAUCUCCUCCACUUCCACUCAUUUGAAAUCUGAGGACAGGUAAAUAACAUCCCGCCACUGAAGAUAUUGAGACAGAACAAUUCAAUGAACUCUUCAGUGAAGUUUGAAGACACUGAGGCGUUGAUUCAGACUUAAAGUGACUCAUAUCCCGGCAGCCGAAUGAAGAUGAUGGGGAUUUUAUUCCCAUGCUUCUCUUCUGUCACCAUGCCCGUUUACGUUCAUCUGUGCUACACUCCUCUGGCUCACAGCCACCCCGCAGUAUUUAUAGCCACACAGCGGUAAUCACCACUCCAGGAAUCCUCGCGAAAUCAUCCUCAAAACCACCUAAACUUGGACUGAGAGGAGGUGAAUUUAGGAUCCGCCUGAUCGGGGGGCUCUCUCUGACGAUGAAGGAGCGCGUGUCACCUCAAGCAUUAUGGUGAAACGGCCAACUCCCGACCUCUGUAGAGAUGUUGACCAGUUCAGACCAGUCCCUCUCCCGCUCCCUCACACCCAACCUCCACUCUCCAUCCAGCCGUGGUCCAAGUGGAGGGAUGCAUGUCCAGUCCUCCCUGUCUCUCCCCGAGCCUGAGGCCUGGAGGAAGCCCAUCCCCACUGCCCGUCCCGGCCUGGCGCAAGGAGCUCGCUCCUGCUCCCUGCAGGUCCCCCAUGCCGCCCCUGAGUACCUGGAGCUGCCUCCUCGAGCAGCAAGCUUUGAUGUGCCGUGUGGUCAGGACGACGCCUCGUCUGACCAGGGUUCAGGGUCCCUGAGCCCCCACUGCAUGCUGCGGCGGCGCGGGGGACUUGUGGAGCAGAAGGACAUCAUCAUGGCUCACCAGGCACACAAAAUCCAGAGCACGCCGCAAGCCCGUAGGAAGGAGUGGGAAAUGGCUCGGUUUGGAGACGAGUCCGCUCCCACCACUGUGGACUCCGGGGAUGGGGACUUGGAGCGCGGCGGGGACGGGCAGGACGCGGCGGCGGGACUCACGGCUUCCAUGAAACAAGCCAAGGCGCAGCGGGCCCGGACCAUGGCUCUGUACAACCCCGUCCCCCACCGGCAGAACUGCCUCACCGUCAACAGGUCGCUCUUCAUAUUCGCAGAGGAUAACAUCAUCAGGAAAUACGCACGGCGAAUCAUUGAAUGGCCACCAUUUGAGUACAUGAUCCUGGCCACCAUCACCGCCAACUGUGUUGUACUGGCCUUGGAGCAGCACCUCCCUGGAGAGGAUAAGACCCCCAUGGCAAAGAGACUGGAGAAGACGGAGCCAUACUUUAUUGGAAUCUUCUGCUUCGAGGCGGGGAUCAAGCUGGUGGCUCUCGGUUUUGUUUUCCAUAAAGGCUCCUACCUGAGGAACGGCUGGAACGUCAUGGACUUCAUAGUUGUGCUCAGUGGGAUCCUGGCCACUGCUGGUGCCCACAUGAACAUCCCUGUAGACCUUCGGACCCUGAGGGCCGUGCGAGUGCUGAGACCGCUAAAACUCGUCUCCGGCAUCCCCAGCCUGCAGAUUGUCUUGAAGUCCAUCAUGAAGGCCAUGAUCCCGCUGCUCCAGAUCGGCCUUCUCUUGUUCUUCGCCAUCCUCAUGUUUGCGAUCAUCGGCCUGGAGUUCUACAGCGGGAAGCUUCACCACACCUGCCUGCCAUCUGUUGACAUCCUCGACAAUGAGACUGUCGACUCGUCCGAGUUGGCGUUCGCAUGCGGAGUGAGGAAGUGUCCGGAGAGAUACGACUGCAACGACACCUGGAUCGGACCCAAUGACGGCAUCACCCAGUUCGACAACAUCCUGUUUGCCGUUCUCACUGUCUUCCAGUGCAUUACCAUGGAGGGAUGGACGGCCGUUCUCUAUAAUACCAACGAUGCUUUGGGCACCACAUGGAACUGGAUGUACUUCAUUCCUCUCAUCAUUAUUGGCUCGUUCUUUGUGCUGAACCUGGUGUUGGGUGUCUUGUCUGGAGAAUUUGCUAAGGAGAGGGAGCGGGUGGAGAACAGGCGGGCCUUCAUGAAGUUGCGCCGCCAGCAGCAGGUUGAGAGAGAACUGAACGGCUACCGAGCCUGGAUAGACAGGGCAGAGGAGGUAAUGCUUGCAGAGGAGAAUAAAAAUUCAGGGAGAUCGCCUUUAGAUGUGCUAAAGAGAGCCAGUAAGAAGACUGGUCCACGGAGAGGAGCUCCAGGAGAUGACAAGUAUAUGGACAUGUCUACUGCCAGCAUGUCGCGAUCGAGGAUGAACUUCCGCAGCGGCCGUCGUGGACCUGCUGCGUACCUGAGGCGUAAAGAGCGCAUGUUACGCAUCUCCAUCCGCCGCAUGGUGAAGACAGACACUUUCUAUUUGAUGGUGCUCAGUCUGGUGGCUCUCAACACCAUCUGUGUGGCCAUCGUCCACCACAACCAGCCCGACUGGCUGACCAUCUUCCUCUACUAUGCAGAGUUUGUUUUCCUGGGGCUGUUUCUGGCUGAGAUGUUUUUGAAAAUCUAUGGUCUGGGUUUCCGGCUGUACUUCCAUUCAUCUUUCAACUGCUUCGACUGUGGGGUUAUUGUUGGCAGCAUCUUUGAGGUGGUUUGGGGUUUCUUCCGGCCUGGCAUGUCAUUUGGCAUCAGUGUACUGAGGGCGCUGAGAUUAUUGAGAAUCUUCAAGAUCACCAAAUACUGGGCCUCUCUCAGGAACCUGGUUGUGUCCCUCAUGAGCUCCAUGAAGUCCAUUAUCAGCCUGCUUUUUCUUCUCUUCCUCUUUAUUGUGGUGUUUGCUCUGCUGGGGAUGCAGCUUUUUGGAGGAAGGUUCAUCUUUGAAGAUUACACUCCCACCAACUUUGACACGUUUCCAGCUGCCAUCAUGACAGUGUUUCAGAUUUUGACUGGUGAGGACUGGAACGAGGUGAUGUAUAAUGGGAUCCGCUCGCAGGGUGGCGUGCAGUAUGGCAUGUGGUCAUCGAUCUACUUCAUAGUGCUUACCCUGUUUGGAAAUUACACACUGCUCAACGUCUUCUUGGCCAUCGCUGUUGAUAAUCUGGCCAACGCACAGGAGCUGACAAAGGAUGAAGAGGAAGAAGAGGAAUUCUUCAACCAGAGGUACGCCAGAGGAAGAGAUGGCUUGAUAUCUGAUGGGAGAAGAAGACCCUACCUAUACAGGAAACGGGCGAUCCACCGAGGCCGACCAGCUUUCCCAGAAGAGGCAGAGGGGGUGCCAGGAGCCGCAGACGAGCAGCCGCUCAAUGGCUCCAACGCCUUCGCCAAACGCCGUGAGAGGAGGAGAAAAGUUAACAUGUCAGUGUGGGAGCAGAGGGCCAACCAGCUACGCAAACGUCGCCAGAUGGCGAGCAAAGAGGAGCUGUUCAGCAGCCCCACAGAAGACACGGCCGAAACUCCCACCAUUGCCCACCACUCUACGCUUUCCCCAGAGGCCAGCCCGGCUCACCUGCCUGAGUCACCCAUGUCUGUGGGGAUGCCCCUCCCCGAGCCCCCGAUGUCCAUAUCCAUCCCCAUGCCUGAGCCUCCGGCUGCUGAGCCUCUGGUAAACCUGACUGAGGAGAAAACUGGAGGAGCCAACCACCGGACUACAGGCGGGGGCAGGCACAGGAUGGCCCGCAAGUUCAGGCCCAGUCAGGGGCCGGACGAAGGGGCGCGGCACAGACGCCACCGCCACCGAGAGGCUCGCCCUGAGGCCAAGAGUUUGGACUAUGCCCAAGCGCCACAUGAGGUGCCACAAGUCAGACGAGCACUCAGCCAAGAGAGGAAGAUAGAUGAGAGGGAAGAGAAGGAAGAAAGAGAGGAGAGAGCAGACGUAGAAGGAGUCCAGGAUGAUUGUGGAACGUGCAUCGUCAACCCGUAUGCAGACGUUGGAGAAGACCGUAGCAGAGGCGCUGACAUUCCUGAUCCUCCUCAGUGUGAGCAGCUGGACUGGGCAGAGCAGGGUGAAGGCAGGCACACAGACCAGUAUGAACCCAUGCCAGUGGAGACUGCUUUAGAGGCCACAGAGUUCACUGUGCGCGCCAUUGAAUCCGAGAACCGCCCAGGUUCCCUCAACCGUGACAAGUCCAACCUGGAGGGAAGCGUUGCCAUCGAAAUGUCUGCACAGCCGCUGCUGGAGCUCACGCCCAUGACAGUGAACAGCAAAGAGUUGGAGGCAUACCAGUCUGAGCAGAGAGACAUAGACGAAGAGACAGAGGAUGAAGAACCUCCGAUUACUCCCAAACCUGUAGCUCCUGACAGCAUGUUCAUCUUCAAGGCCUCCAACCCUAUCAGACGGAUCUGCCACUAUGUGGUUACUCUGCGCUACUUUGAGAUGACAAUCCUCCUCGUGAUCGUGGCGAGCAGCAUUGCACUGGCCGCUGAGGACCCCGUGUGCACCAGUUCAGAGAGAAACAAGGUCCUUCGUUAUUUUGAUUACGUCUUCACCGGAGUGUUCACCUUUGAAAUGAUCAUUAAGAUGAUAGACCAGGGUCUCAUUCUGCACGACGGCUCUUAUUUCCGAGACAUGUGGAACAUCCUGGACUUCAUUGUGGUGGUGGGAGCUCUGAUAGCCUUUGCUCUAACAAACAACAAAGGCCGAGACAUCAAGACAAUAAAGUCCCUCAGAGUUUUGAGAGUCCUGCGACCUCUUAAAACUAUCAAGAGACUUCCUAAACUCAAGGCUGUUUUUGACUGUGUGGUCACAUCUCUGAAGAACGUCUUCAACAUCCUCAUCGUGUACCAGCUCUUCAUGUUCAUCUUCGCUGUCAUUGCUGUGCAGCUGUUUAAGGGGAAGUUCUUCUACUGUACUGACAGCUCUAUGAAUACAGAGAAGGAAUGCCAAGGCUACUAUAUUGACUACAGCAGAGACAAAAAGGAGGUGAAGAGGAGAGAGUGGAAGAGACACGAGUUCCACUACGACAACGUCUGCUGGGCCCUCCUCACCCUUUUCACUGUCUCAACUGGAGAGGGAUGGCCCCAGGUCCUGCAGCACUCUACUGACGUUACAGAGGAGAGCAUGGGGCCGAGUCGAGGGAACCGGAUGGAGAUGUCCGUUUUCUACGUGGUCUACUUUGUGGUCUUUCCAUUCUUCUUUGUCAACAUCUUUGUGGCUCUCAUCAUCAUCACCUUCCAGGAGCAGGGUGACAAGAUGAUUCAGGAGUGCAGUCUGGAGAAGAACGAGAGGGCUUGUAUUGACUUCGCCAUCAGUGCCAAGCCGAUGACCCGCUACAUGCCCCAGAACAGACAAACCUUCCAGUACAGGCUGUGGCACUUUGUGGCGUCGCCGUCUUUUGAGUACACAGUGCUGGUCAUGAUCGCCCUCAACACUGUGGUUCUCAUGAUGAAGUACCACUCAGCCCCAACAGCCUACGAUACAGUCCUAAAGCACCUUAACACAGCCUUCACUGUCCUCUUCUCCAUGGAGUGCAUACUCAAGAUCAUGGCAUUUGGUUUAGUGAACUACUUUCGAGAUACUUGGAACAUUUUUGAUUUCAUCACCGUUCUUGGCAGCAUCACCGAGAUAAUUGUGGAUUUACAGUCGGUGAACACCAUCAAUAUGAGUUUCCUGAAGCUUUUCCGAACAGCCAGGUUGAUCAAGCUGCUGAGGCAGGGUUACACCAUUCGUAUCCUGCUGUGGACUUUUGUACAAUCUUUCAAGGCUCUUCCGUACGUCUGUCUUCUCAUUGCUAUGCUUUUCUUCAUAUAUGCCAUAAUCGGAAUGCAGGUGUUUGGAAACAUCAAGCUGAAUGACGAGAGCCACAUCAAUCAGCACAACAAUUUUAAGACCUUUUUCAGUGCACUGAUGCUGCUCUUCAGGAGCGCGACAGGCGAGUCCUGGCAGGAGAUUAUGCUUUCCUGUCUGUCAGGUCAGGAGUGUGAACCAGACCCUUCCAUCGCCCCCCUCACCAUGUCUCCAGACCACGAAGGAGGCUGCGGGACCGACUUUGCCUACUGCUACUUCGUCUCAUUCAUCUUCUUCAGCUCCUUCCUGAUGCUGAAUCUGUUUGUGGCUGUGAUUAUGGAUAACUUUGAGUACCUGACGCGAGACUCCUCAAUCCUGGGUCCCCAUCACCUGGACGAGUUUGUCCGAAUCUGGGGAGAGUACGAUCGUUUGGCAUGUGGCCGUAUCCACUACACCGCCAUGUACGAGAUGUUAACGCACAUGUCACCGCCGCUGGGCCUGGGUAAAAAAUGUCCUGCUAAGAUCGCCUAUAAGAGGUUGGUGCUGAUGAACAUGCCUGUGGACGAGGACAUGUCUGUCCACUUCACCUCGACGCUGAUGUCACUCAUCCGCACUGCGCUGGACAUCAAAAUAGCUAGAGGUGGUGAGGACCGCAUCGCUCUGGAUGCUGAACUUCAAAAGGAGAUCAGUAUCAUUUGGCCUUAUCUGCCCCAGAAGACAUUGGACCUACUGGUACCUAUCAACAAAGAUACGGACAUGACAGUGGGGAAGAUCUAUGCUUCGAUGAUGAUAAUGGACUACUUCAAACAGAACAAAGCCAAGAAACUCCGGCAACAACUAGAAGCUCAGAAGAGUAACUUGAUGUUCAAGCGUCUGGAUGCCUCGACCCUCCCGGAGGACAUCCUCUCCAACACCCAGCCGCUGCCGAUGAUGGCCCACAGCGCUGGCUCAGCACUGACCAGAGGAGGAUUUGUGGCUUUGAGCCCCAUCUCACCCCAGGAACUAUUUUUACAGCCCAUAAGUUCAGACGUUGAUGCUAGUCAACAGCAGCAGACAGAGGUUGCGAGUGGCUCCAUGAAGCGUUCUGCCUCCACUCUUGCGGAUCAACGGGUGAACGGUCUUUGGCAGGAAGAGCAAAGUCCAGAGCGAGUGUAUCGACCUCGUCACAAAAGCUACAAGGCUGCCGUUUCUCGGUCUGAGCACAGGGAGCGUGGCCGGUCCAAGGAAUGCUGUCACCUCCUCUCUCCAGACACGUCUCGUUGUAACUCAGAGGAAAGGAGCUUGCAGCCCUCUCGCUCCUCCAGCGUAGAGAGAGAACACACCCAAGAUAAACAGGGUAACAGUUCUGACAGUCCGGUGCCCUCCACCUCAGAGUCCAGCACCCCCAGCGGCCGACGACCUUUAUCACAAACCCCAACCCGCUCUCGCCCUCACAUCUCCUACUCCCCACUCGUGUGUCGCACACACCCCUCCGUCGGCGAAGACGAGGACGAGCAGGGCAGCCCAGAGACCACGAGGCGGGGCAAGCCCGCCUGGGAGACCCAGAAGGGGAUCACAGACGAGAUGGGGAGCGAGUCUGGCCAACACCCAUCCCCGCCUCGACGCUACCCCUCCGAGCCAUUCCUGGCCUCACAGGAGGACGACCACAGCCCGGACCCCUCCGGUCCCAUGGAGACGUUGACCUUCGAGGCGGCUGUGGCCUGCAGCCUGGGACGCUCAAACACCAUCAGCUCGGCCCGCCCGUGCUUGCGGACUGGCUGGCAGGUCCCCAAUGGACAUUUUCGGAAGCGUCUGGCGCAGACAACCUCCGUUGCAGGCUGUGAUCCACUCAGCGAUACAGAGGAGGACGACAGGUGCUAGGGACGGGAGGCACAGCGCAGGGGAAGGAGAAGGAAUCCCAGAGAGGUGUUAGAGGACGCUGUACUACAGUGUACAGAGCGAAGGUUAACGUGACUCUUCUUGCAUCAGUGCUUCAAGGCCGUGAGCCCUCUGGAUGUUUGAUAAAAUGUGAACCCAAAACGAACAAUACUUCCUGAAACUGUAGUUGCCAAUUCACACAGAACACUGACAAUAAAUAAGGUCUAUUUCCUGACUUGUACUUGAUGAUAGAGAGUAAUAAUUCAUCUCAAAUAGUUGCGGGAUGCAGAAAAUAAAUAAAAUGAAUGAAUCGAAUUAUAUCAUUUGUGUCAAUAGGUAUUUUCCAUAUCUGAAGAUGUUUCUAAAUGAUUCAGUGUUGCUCUAAACAGUAUUUAUCUGUGGGGUGUGUGAAUAUGUAACUACAUUUUCUUAUAAAUUAAUCGUUUUUGUAAAUACAUCGUGAUCAUCACACCAUUGCCAUUUUCUUAGACCGUAUCAAUACAACUAGCCAUCACGAGGCGAUCUGAUACUUUACCAGACAAUGUGGGUACUAAUAAGUAACACUCAAUAAUGCUGGAUUUUUUUACAGUAUGAAUGAAUGUGCAGGGGAAAAACCGCCUGAUUUUCCCCAUCAUUUUUCUUUUUGGCAAUUCCUUUGGUAUUAAACAUAAUAAGUUGUGAGAUAUGAAUACACAUAUAGAAUAACAUAGAGAAGAUGCUUAUCUGUUAUUUCACCCUGCGUCAUUGUUAAAUCAUGCCUCCAACAACUCUUGAGCCUUUAAAAACUGAAGUUUUUCUUCUUUGUCAUCUUCUAAGACAACCGGUUUUAUUUUUGCCACUCUACACCCUUUAAAUGAGAAUUUUCCGGCAAUUACAUUUACCAUUUGAUUUUGGAAAUUGUUGGUCGUAUGAUAUGAAAACAAAAUGAUCUUUCAUCCCUUUUCACUUUUUUUCUUCCUUGUGAAUAUUCUAUGAACCAUUGCAGACAAUGACUGUAGAAACACUGUAGACACGCCAUGACACAUUUGCUUCACAAAUUAACAUUAAUCUAUUACUUACUAAUAAUGUACAGAGAAAUUAUGCUGUUUGUAACAUUUAGAGACAAAAAAAAAUAAACAGUAUAAGCUGAUGAGCUUUAAAGGUAAAGGAAUGUUCAUUUUAAGGUUUGUGUAUUUGUUUUAUUUUGCCUAACGAAGGCCGAUUCUGUGAAACUCACUUAACCAAAAACAUGGAGAUUUGUAUCAUAAGUUCCUGGAAUGCAAAUACUUGUGGGUUUUUAUGUGUACAAUAGCUGUAUAUACAAAUAAAGGUG